AUGGUGUCUGCCUUAGCGCAGCAGGUGACCCAGAAUAGUCAGCUGCGGGAGGAUGUCAAUGAGCUUCUUACUCCGGCGUCUGAUUUCGCGGAGUUCGUACAAUACAAGUACGAUCGCACGCAAGUUCGGUACGAAGAAGAGGUCAAGCGGUCUGACGCCUUUCGGGAGGCGUUAGCCUACCGGGUCGAUCAGACUGUUGUGAUUGCGCAUUUGAAAGCAGAGAUUCUCCAUAAUGUGUGGGCACGUCACGCAGCACAGGAGAAAGCCGAUCGCGAGGUUGCCGGUAUCCGCAAGCAGAUGAAUGACGCGGGAUUUGGUGGUAGCUGA